AUGCAUGUGCCGAAGCCCUCCUGUCCAGCUGGAUCAGCCGCUUCAGAGUGCCGGACGACGUACCUGGGACCCACCUUCACAUUAGAGCUUUGUUCCCUGGCAUGCCUGGUGGGUACCACGCACCACACCACCACGUCCUACAACCCCACAGCCAACGGCAUGGUGAAGAGGGUCCACCGCUCUCUCAAGGCUUCCCUGAUGGCACUUUGCAGAGGCCCUGACUGGAAGGCACAGCUCUCAUGGGUCCUCCUCAGCCUCUGCACCAUCCCAAGAGCCAACUGCAACCCAUCCCCGGCAGAAAAGGUGUACGGAGAAACCCUGACAGUGCCAGGCGAAUUCUUCCCCACCAACAGCAACAACCUUGACAUUCCCCUGGCAAGACUCCGAGGAGCCGCCCAGAAGUUUGUCACCUGCCAAGAAACAUAUACCGACAGGAAAAAGCAGUUCCAUUCGAGUGCCUUGGACUCCUGUAGGUUUGCCUUGAUCAGGAAUGACGCCGCCUGCCUGCCCUUGACGAGGCCCUACCAGGGCCCACACCGAGUCGUCCACCGGGAAGAGAAGGCAUUCCUCGUUUCACUUAGCGGCCACAAGGACUAG